GACGACCGCUGGCACAUGGUGCUGCUGACCCGCGACGCGCGGCGCACCGCUCUGGCCGUGGACGGCGAAGCUCGCGCCGCCGAGGUGCGCUCCAAGCGGCGCCACAUGGAGGUGGCCAGCGACCUGUUCGUGGGCGGCAUCCCGCCCGACGUGCGACUGUCUGCGCUCACGCUCAGCACCGUCAAGUACGAGCCGCCCUUCCGCGGGCUCCUGGCUAACCUGAAAUUGGGAGAGCGGCCGCCCGCCCUGCUGAGCAGCCAGGGACUCCGCGGGGGAGCAGCCGACCCGCUCUGCGCGGCCCGCAACCCGUGCGCCAACGGCGGUCUGUGCACCGUGCUUGCCCCGGGCGAGGUGGGCUGCGACUGCAGCCACACGGGCUUCGGCGGCAGGUUCUGCAGCGAAGGUCCGGCUCACCUGACGUUAAACAGUGAAGUAGGGUCCCUACUAUUCUCUGAGGGGGGGGCCGGUCGAGGAGGAGCCAGCGACGUACACCAGCCAACGAAAGGGAAGGAGGAGUUUGUGGCCACCUUCAAAGGCAACGAGUUCUUCUGCUACGACCUGUCUCACAACCCAAUCCAGAGCAGCACGGAUGAGAUCACGCUGGCCUUCCGGACCUUGCAAAGGAAUGGCCUCAUGCUGCACACGGGCAAGUCGGCCGACUACGUCAACCUGUCCCUCAAGUCCGGGGCCGUCUGGCUCGUCAUCAACCUCGGAUCCGGCGCCUUCGAGGCCCUGGUGGAGCCUGUCAACGGCAAAUUCAAUGACAACGCCUGGCACGACGUCCGGGUCACCCGAAACCUGCGCCAGGUGACCAUCUCAGUGGACGGGAUCCUGACCACCACAGGCUACACCCAGGAGGAUUACACCAUGUUGGGCUCUGAUGACUUCUUCUACAUCGGAGGCAGCCCCAACACGGCAGAUUUACCGGGCUCCCCGGUCAGCAACAACUUUAUGGGCUGUCUGAAGGAUGUGGUCUAUAAGAACAAUGACUUUAAGCUGGAGCUGUCCAGGCUGGCCCGGGAAGGGGACCCCAAGAUGAAACUUCAGGGCGAUCUGUCUUUCCGCUGUGAGGAUGUGGCCGCCCUGGAUCCCGUGACCUUCGAGAGCCCCGAGGCUUUUGUGGCCCUGCCCCGCUGGAGCGCCAAGCGCACCGGCUCUGUGUCCCUGGACUUCCGCACCACGGAGCCCAAUGGGCUGCUGCUUUUCAGCCAGGGCCGGCGGGCAGGAGGCGGGCAAGGAGGCCACGGGGCUGCCCGGGCCGACUACUUUGCCAUGGAGCUGUUGGACGGAUAUCUCUACCUGCUCCUCGACAUGGGCUCCGGGGGCAUCAAGCUUCGGGCGUCCAACCGGAAGGUCAAUGAUGGGGAAUGGUGCCACGUGGACUUCCAGAGGGACGGGCGCAAAGGCUCAAUCUCGGUGAACAGCAGAAGCACCCCCUUUUUGGCCAGCGGGGAGAGUGAGAUCCUGGACUUGGAGAGUGAGCUGUAUUUGGGGGGCCUCCCCGAAGGGGGGCGGGCGGACCUGCCACUGCCCCCCGAAGUGUGGACGGCGGCACUUCGGGCUGGAUACGUAGGCUGUGUUCGGGACCUAUUCAUCGACGGGCGCAGUCGUGACCUUCGGAGUUUGGCUGAAGCCCAAGGGGCCGUAGGGGUUGCCCCCUUCUGUUCAAGAGAAACGCUGAGGCAGUGUGGAACAGCCCCCUGCAGAAACGGGGGGGUCUGCCGAGAAGGCUGGAACCGCUUUGUCUGUGAUUGUGUUGGGACGGGCUUCCUGGGCCGGGUCUGUGAGAGAGAGGCCACAGUUCUGAGUUAUGACGGCUCCAUGUACAUGAAGAUCAUGCUACCCACGGCCAUGCACACUGAAGCUGAGGAUGUGUCCUUGCGAUUCAUGUCCCAGCGUGCCUAUGGCCUCAUGAUGGCCACCACCUCCAAGGAGUCUGCGGACACCCUGCGCCUCGAACUGGAUGGGGGGCAGAUGAAGCUCACCGUCAACCUUGACUGCCUGCGCGUCGGCUGCGCACCCAGUAAAGGCCCCGAGACACUCUUUGCUGGACACAAGCUCAAUGACAAUGAAUGGCACACAGUCCGCGUGGUACGACGUGGCAAGAGCCUGCAGCUGUCCGUGGACAAUGUGACUGUGGAGGGGCAGAUGGCUGGUGCCCACACGAGGUUGGAGUUCCAUAACAUCGAGACGGGUAUCAUGACCGAGCGGCGCUUCAUCUCUGUGGUGCCCUCUAACUUCAUUGGGCACCUCAGUGGGCUGCUAUUCAAUGGGCAGCCCUACAUGGACCAGUGCAAAGAUGGCGACAUCACCUACUGUGAGCUCAAUGCCCGCUUUGGCCUGCGGGCCAUCGUGGCCGACCCCGUCACCUUUAAGAGUCGAGCCAGUUACUUGGCACUCGCCACGCUCCAAGCCUACGCCUCCAUGCAUCUCUUUUUUCAGUUCAAGACCACAGCUCCUGACGGGCUCCUCCUCUUCAACUCAGGCAAUGGCAACGACUUCAUCGUUAUUGAGCUGGUCAAGGGGUACAUUCACUAUGUGUUUGAUCUGGGGAAUGGCCCAUCUCUGAUGAAGGGGAACUCAGACAAGCCUGUCAAUGACAACCAGUGGCAUAAUGUGGUGGUAUCAAGGGACCCAGGCAAUGUGCAUACACUCAAGAUUGACUCACGCACAGUCACGCAGCACUCCAAUGGCGCCCGGAACCUGGACCUCAAAGGAGAGCUGUACAUCGGUGGUCUGAGCAAGAACAUGUUCAACAAUCUGCCGAAGCUGGUGGCCUCUCGGGAUGGCUUCCAGGGCUGCUUGGCUUCGGUGGACCUCAACGGCCGCCUCCCAGACCUCAUCGCUGACGCCCUGCACCGGAUCGGGCAGGUGGAGAGGGGCUGUGAUGGCCCCAGCACCACCUGCACCGAAGACUCCUGUGCCAAUCAGGGCGUCUGCCUGCAGCAAUGGGACGGCUUCACCUGUGACUGCACCAUGACCUCCUACGGGGGCCCCAUCUGCAAUGACCCUGGGACGACCUACAUCUUUGGGAAGGGCGGGGCGCUCAUCACCUACACGUGGCCCCCCAAUGACCGGCCCAGCACAAGGAUGGACCGCCUGGCCGUGGGCUUCAGCACCCACCAGCGCAGUGCCGUCCUGGUGCGGGUGGACAGCGCCUCCGGCCUUGGGGACUAUUUGCAACUGCACAUCGACCAGGGCACCGUGGGGGUGAUCUUUAAUGUGGGUACUGAUGACAUCGCCAUUGAUGAGCCCAACGCCAUCGUGAGCGACGGCAAGUACCAUGUGGUGCGCUUCACCCGGAGUGGUGGCAAUGCCACCCUGCAAGUGGACAGCUGGCCAGUGAACGAGCGCUACCCAGCAGGAAACUUUGAUAACGAACGCCUGGCGAUUGCUAGACAGAGAAUCCCCUACCGGCUUGGUCGAGUAGUAGAUGAGUGGCUGCUCGACAAAGGCCGUCAGCUGACCAUCUUCAACAGCCAGGCUGCCAUCAAGAUUGGGGGCCGGGACCAGGGCCGCCCCUUCCAAGGUCAGGUGUCUGGCCUCUACUACAAUGGGCUCAAGGUGCUGGCCCUGGCCGCUGAGAGCGACCCCAAUGUGCGGACUGAGGGCCACCUGCGCCUGGUGGGGGAGGGGCCGUCCGUGCUGCUGAGUGCGGAGACCACAGCCACCACCCUACUGGCCGACAUGGCCACCACCAUCAUGGAGACCACCACCACCAUGGCCACCACCACCACGAGGAGGGGCCGCUCCCCCACCCUGCGGGACAGCACCACCCAGAACACAGAUGACCUCCUGGUAGCAUCAGCAGAGUGCCCAAGUGACGAUGAGGACCUGGAGGAGUGUGAGCCUAGUACUGGAGGCGAGUUAAUUUUGCCUAUUAUUACGGAGGACUCCCUAGACCCCCCUCCUGUGGCCACCCGCUCCCCCUUCGUGCCCCCGCCCCCGACUUUCUACCCCUUCCUCACGGGCAUGGGUGCCACCCAAGACACCCUGCCCCCGCCCGGGGCCCGGCGGCCCCCAGCAGGGCCGCCCCCGUGCCAGGGCGGGGAGCAGGAUGACAGCGACUGCGAGGAGCCCAUGGAGGCGUCAGGCUUCGCCUCGGGGGAGGUCUUUGACUCCAGUUUGCCCCCCACGGACGACGAAGACUUUUACACCACCUUCCCCUUGGUCACGGACCGUACCACCCUCUUGUCCCCCCGCAAGCCUCCUCCCCCCCGGCCCAACCUCAGGACAGACGGGGCCACGGGGGCGCCGGGGGUCCUUCUCGCCCCCUCUGCCCUGCCCCCCAACCUGCCGGCGGGCAAAAUGAACCACCGCGACCCGCUGCAGCCGCUGCUGGAGAACCCGCCGGUGGCGGCGGCUGGGGGCCCCGGGGCGCCCACGUCCUUCGAGCCACGGCGGCCACCCCCCGCCCUGGCCCCCGGCGUGACGGCAGCCCCCGGCUUCCCCCGUGUACCCACAGCCAACCCCACGGGCCCCGGAGAGCGGGGCCCGCCCGGCGCCGUCGAGGUGAUCCGCGAGUCUAGUAGCACCACGGGCAUGGUGGUGGGCAUCGUGGCGGCGGCGGCGCUCUGCAUCCUCAUCCUCCUCUACGCCAUGUACAAGUACCGCAACCGCGACGAGGGCUCCUACCAGGUGGACCAGAGCCGCAACUACAUCAGCAACUCGGCCCAGAGCAACGGCGCCGUGGUGAAGGAGAAGGCUCCCGCCGCGCCCAAGGCGCCCAGCAAGGCCAAGAAGAACAAAGACAAGGAAUACUACGUGUGACCGCCCCGGGCCCGCGG